AAGCAGAGAACCACUCAAAUUCCCAAAACAAAAACUAGAGUGCCAGCUGCAUUGAGUCAGAAGAAAUGGGGAUAGAUACCGUAGAUCCAAUAGAGCCGUCAGAAAUCAUAUAUCAGAUGAUGCCCACAUCAAAGAGUUGGUUUUCUUUGAAACAAAAUGUUGAUGGCUACCGGUAGCAAUAGCUCAUAGCCAACAAUCCACUCACAGUUAGUUUUACUGAACCCAAGCGAAGGCUGUUUGUUCCCAAAGAAGAUUCCACAAUGAGGGUAUUCUCGCUCUUCGUCUGCUUUAUUGCUGCAUUAUCUGCUGUACAUGUAGAGGGCUUCUCAAAUGACUCUCCUGCUCGACAUUAUGCAAGGGCUUCCCAAGAAUAUCACGUUCAAAGGGCAGAAACAGUGCUAUCCAUGGUUCAAGCCACGCCCCCGCAAGAACGUAUCUUUUCUGCUGGGCUUCCUGAAGAUGACGACGAAUCUUCUCGUAAACGACGACGAAGGACAUCCACAAAUAAUAACAAUGGAAUACGAAAACUCCGAACCACAAAAGAAAAACUGGACCGAGGCAAGUCGCGACAGCAGCAACAACAACUAUCCGAUGAUCUGAAAAUGGAACAGGCAGUGAGCGUGGAAAACCAAAUGGCACUCGCCUUGGAAGCCCUGCAGGGUACAUUGGCCCUGGAGCAGAAGAAGAAUGACUACCAGAAGGACCCUCAAAACAGCAGAUCAGCUACCGAUGUGGCCAGUCGACUAUUUCCUUCCAUUCGGGAAUGCAAUGCCGCUUUGGCCGCCUUUGGAGAUGCUGGAGAACUACUGCGAGCACUGCGGCUCUUUAUGAAAAUGAGAAAGGCAGCUCUGUUGGCACAGUAUUUGCGAGCGUGGUCUUGGCCAAUUCCAUCCCCUACUCUCGUCACCUAUUCGACCAUCAUGUCAAGAGCCAACCGAGUAGGAAAACCACGAGUUGCACUACGCAUGUGGAAACUGAUGCGGAAAAGCCCCGAGUUUGUCUAUUCACCCAACAACAAACCCAUCACCAUGCCAUCGAAUAUUAAUGAUGCUACAACUACUUAUACUAUUGAAUCCAACGAGAUUGUCCCGGAUGUCAAGGCUGCCAAUAUCUUGAUGAACUCCUUUGCAAAAUUGGCCGACAUGGCUUCAGCACAAGAUUUGUUGAACCAAAUGCUACACGGCAAUGGAACGGAUGUCCCGCUCUUGACGCCCAAUCUGGUAACCUACAAUACACUUUUGGAUGCGUGUCACAGGGCAGAUGAUCUCGAUGCAGCGCUCGAUGCCAUGCGGCAAUUGGAAGAAUCGGGACUCACUCCCGAUGCAUGGUCCUUUACCAGUUUGAUUGCCACCGUGGCACGCAAACCCAGCAAGGCUUCCGGCGCCAACGAUCCCAGUUUGGCAUUUAGUUUCUUGCAGGAAAUGAGGGAACAACGAGGGAUUAGACCCAACGGCAUGACCUAUUCCGCCUUGAUUGAUGCGUGUGGUCGGUGUAAGAGAUGUGAUUUGGCCCUUCAGGGAUUGCGAAUCAUGCUCAGACAGAAAGCUGCGGAGCAGCAAAUACUAUCCCAACCACAAGCAAUCGAAAGGAAUUCUAGGCGACAAAACAACAACCGCAAGAAAAAAUCGGGUGGCUACAAGGGCAGGCCGGAAAAUUUCAGCUUGCCCAACGAGGUGGGCGCAUGGACAGCAGCUAUCAAUGCCUUGGGCAAAGAAGGACGUAUUCGAGCAGCCAUGCGACUCUUCUUUUCCAUGCCAAACUUUGGAGUCAUGCCAAACACAGUGACCUGCGGGUGUCUCACGGACUCGCUCUUGAAACAUGGUCGCAUUGCAGAUGCACUCCGAAUCCUUCGUUACAUGGAAAAGAAUGGAAUCGUGCCUUCGGAAGUCAUGUACACGUCGUUGAUGUCCAGUGCUGGAAUAUUAGCACAGCAAGAAAUGAACAUUAACGAAAAUACUGUGGUGCAGCACAACGGCAAAACUGACGCACCUGGCAGCGCUAUUGAGGUUUAUACGUUGCUAAUGAAAAGUCUCACCGAAGGCCAGCAGCAGCAAGGAAAAUCCAAACCGCCUCGCUCCAAUCCUCACGGUGACAUUCAGGAUGACAAGGCACACGCCCUCAUGAAAGUAUUCCUGGUGUUUCAAGAAAUGAAGGAGACAGGGGCUCAGGCGGACUUGGCAUGCUAUAAUGCUCUUUUGAGGGCUUGUGCGCGGGCAGGUGAUAUCAAUCGAGCUCAGAGUGUUUUGAAACAGAUGGAAGAGGAUGCACUCGAGCCCAACGAUAGCUCGUGGAGGCAGCUAAUUCGAGCCGCAGGGAAUGCUAGGCGGUAUGAUGUUGUUCUAUCCACGUGGAAAAUGGCCGUUGGAUACUCGUAUGAUAUCAAGAGCCACCUUGGAAGCUUCAACUCGCAAAUACGCAGCAGCUAUUGGGUUCCCAGUAUUGACACUUUCUCAGCCAUGCUAUCCGCAUUGCUGCGUGCUACAGCCGACCCUCUUCGAUCCACAACAGAAAAGAGAAGAUUAUAUCAGCUGAUCGUAGUCAUGUACCAAAGGAUUCUGUCGGGGAACAAAGACGACCAGCUCGGUAUGCAUCGAAUUGACACGGCGGAUCUAUUUGAAGACUCUAGAGUGAUGCUACUCAUCCUGCAGGGAGUCGUAGGUAUGGAUCAAACUGUAGAAAGGAGUGAAGCAUCCGCAGAAGAGAAAUCCCGAUUGCGGAUCCUAGCAUCCCAAAUCCUUUCUUUGGAGUGUGUACACGACAUCACAAACAAACAAAGGCUGAGUCGAAGCGCCUUCCGUUCUCUACGUAUUGCGCAGUCGUGGGCAAGAGAGGAUGACAUUUCACCAUGAGCUAUAGCGUUUGGCGGAUGUCCAAGUUUGCAAUGAUACUCUGGAACAGCGCAACUACAGCGACAUGCAACAAGCCAAUGGGGCAGAUCACACGAGCAGAAACAGAUACACGCGAUGAAAGCCAAGUGUAUGAGGGAUGCCAAACGACGCGAUACCAGUUUCGACUCGAAGCAAGCAAGAUUCCAUGUCUUGCGGUACUUCGCUGCACUUUCUGUACGACUCUUGCUCCGGCAGCAAGCAACAAUCCACUGAUGAAAAGCAGGGGUUUCCCAGGAUAAGCUUGAUGGCUACUACAUGUCAUUAGAAGGUUCGCUUUGUCACUAUGCGCAAAGAAUAGCUUUGCGUGAGGCUGGCAGGGACCAAGCACCGCUUCUGUCCAAAGCAUAAAACCACGACACCGUUCUGAGCCUGAAGAAGGGUACCAUCAUCUCAACACACCGUACAACAAUCACAGUGAAGUGAGGGCUCAAAUGGGAUGGGACACCACUUCCCGGUGGGAGCCUCCCCCGUAGUUCGAUGAUGAAGGCUGAAGUGACGCCUCCUCCACGAGCUGAUGGUGGCGCCGAUCACGCGUUCUUCUGUUUUGACUCCAAGCCAAGAGCGCCAAAAGGCCAAACACAGACAUACCCACUGUCGCUCCGACCGCUAUAGGAUUGACAGACAGGCUGUUUCCUCCCGGGGUGAGCAGAUUAUCCGUAGAUGAUUCUUGAUCUUCCAAAGAAACUGGAGGGAGAAUUGGCAAGGGCGACAAGUACUCCACCCGCGUAACGUUCGGAACGUCAUCAUCAAAGGAGCUCAUUUCAGAAUUCAGUGCCAAGUAAGCAAGAUAAGCGUCGAAAUCUGCAUUUCUCUCUCCAUUUAAAAUGAACACAACAUCUGCUCCCAUAAUGAAGCAAUUCUCUUGUAUAGUCGUCGCAUUGCAAGGGCCUAAGACGAAGAGGGCACAAUAUGAGAAGAACGGGCGACACACGAGAGACAGACGGAGUUACAAGACCUUACGCAGAAAGUAGGAAUUGCUCAGCAAGUUUCUGUGCCCGUCCAUGAGUGUAGGAACAGCCUCAAGUCGACGAUUUGAAGCCAGCUGCUCUAGGGCACCAGUAUCGUUCGCAGCGAGCGCAGCCAUCACGGACGUGAUGAAGAUCAAUCCAUCCAAAUCAUCUUCAAACUCUUCGGUGCUUUCCACAAAGCCUUCCACAAUGUAUUCAAUCUCUAUUCGAACAACUGUAGUAUCCCCGUGGGGCGGCGGGAUGAUACCGACACUUCGCGUUCCAGGUGCAAGAUCAAAGACCGUUGUUGGGGUAAUGGAAGGUAGCGGUGACGUGGGAGCGGGUGAGGGAACCAAUUCCGAGGUUGGGCUAUUCGUGGCAGUGGGGCCUUCAAUGAAAGUUGGCGCCAUCGUUUUCGAAGGGUCCAAAGUACCAUCGCUUGGCAUAGUGUCGGUAUUCGUGUCCGCAUUAGUGUCGGCAAUAGACGGGGUUUGAGUUGAAGUCGUCGUAACAAACGUCGGGAAGAGGGUCGUCGGGGAGGUCAUAAACACGGGCGAUGACGUUGGACCAUUUGCAGCCGAAGGCGACGGGGGCGGAGUUGACGAUGGAUUGUUCAUGGAAGUAGGGGUGCUUGGAUUCCCAGGAUUGCUUGGGUUCGAGUUGCCUGUGCCGGUAGAAGGGGCCGAGGGAGAAUUUGCUGAAUCUUCAAAAGACAUGGACAGGGACAUAUCAUCGAGCCUCAGUUCUCGUUCGAGCUCUGACAAUCUAUAAAGAGGGAAGUUUCCAACAGCAGUGGUCAGGCACAAAACAUUCGAACGGCUGAUCAUUGUACCAUUGAAAGAACUUACUCUAGAUCACUAAGUGGAAUCGGAUCAUCGUCAGGUGCUGUGAAAUGGCGUUUCCUUCUGUUGAAGCCGAACGAAGCACCGUGGGACCUGAAGGCCCUGGCAUCACUCCUCCUCUUCAAGAUGACUGGAGCGGCUCGUCCAAACUCUUCGUUGUUGGCACCAAUGACGCCGUUUGAUGCAAGAGUGAGCGCCGAACACAACGUUAAGGCAAAUUGAAGGACCAUCAUGAUCGUGGUAAUACUCUUCCAAUGAACGCAACUCAGGGCAACAAUGGAGGUAACAAAGCAGAAGACGAAAAGCACAAGCAAUGCUUUCACCAACGGUCCUCUUUCAGAAUAUGCCGCCUGGCAAUCGGACACCUCUCAUCUUGGCAUGAGAGCUGCAGCAAAUUCUGAGCCUGUUUGAAUCGUUCCAUGAACAAGAGCUUCUUCAACUAAGCAUUGGGGCGCCCAUCAUGUGUAUGAAUAGACAAGAUUUUCAAACAGAGUCGGCGAAUCCAAUCCCGUGACUUGAAGCAUUGUCUAUGGUUUCUGGCCUCAACUAAAAAGGAGAGCAACUUUCUUCUCACUGGGACAGAAGGAUCUGUAGGUGCGAUUGCACCAUUAUCAAUGCUUCAACCACGAAUGCUGCAGACUGGAACGUUCCAACGGUGGUCUCACGCGUCAACUCAGCUCGACUGAACGCCUUUCUUAAUGAUGGAAUGGUGCAACACACAUUCGAGCUUGCUUUACGUGUCCUUCGCCCAACUAGCUACUACUGCUGGCUGGGAGCACUGACUGUGACAUCGUUCUCCGACACUAUCGGAAUGCCGCAGCUGUGCUUGCUAGCUAGAAUAAGUGGUGCCAGCCAGAGCACCCAAAAUCUGGAAAGCAUGGGUAUCGGCUCUUCACCUGCUACCGGUACUCCGCCGACGAAACGUAACCUGUAUGUACGUACGGAGUGCCACCGCAACUCCACCUUCUCACAAUUGAAGAUUCUUAGCGGUUAGAAAAUGUACUGUGGGAGUACCUACCGGUAGAGCAACAAUCCCAUCGAGUGCCCCUGUACAUAGUGCUAAACUAAUCGGCCGCUCCCUUUCCACUGGAAAGAUCGUUCCUCCGAGACCGAACGACCCCCUUUUCGAGCUUCGGUUGGGUUGUUCAUCAUCAAGUUGCAGACACUUCGCUUAAAAUAAGGGCCAUGUUUGCAUUUUCAGACCCAAACAAUUCAAGUCAUCCUCCUUCGGGGGACCCACUCUGCGAUACUGCAUCAUACCGGUACCGGUAUCAUAGGUCAUCGGGAGGGGGCGGUUGGGCUGGCUGUGGCCUCGGUAGGAAUUGGUGCUUCUGGCUACAGCUGUACGGUUGAUUGGGGGUAUCUUAUGUACAGCUCCAAACCGUUCAAGGGAGCUGUAAGGAGGGGUUUAUCGUGCCAAUGCUAACGGAGUAAGUGUGCUUCCACAAUUUCGUCUCCUGGAGACGAUUUGCUUUAGGGGUAAUGGUACCGAUGGGGGCAGAGGUUUGAAUUAUACCCGGCGCGCAUUACUUAGAAGGCCCUGUAGAAGUCUACGUAUUCGACUAGUAUUGUAUUGACGGAUACAGUCAACGCAUGUACAUGCAC